GCCCGACGGGGCCGCCUGCGGCCAUGGUGCCGUCCCAGGAGGAGCCCGUGGCCGCCGCCGCACGGGGGACGAGCCAGGCGCAGCCGCCCGAGCCCGCGCCCUCGGAUGACGCUCCGCUGCCCGGCCCGGGACCCUCGGACGGCCCCGACGCGUCCGCAGAGAAGGUGGAGGUGGAGCUGGCGAGGUCAACGGGCGAGGAGCCCCCCGUGCCCCCCGAGGGCGGCUGGGGCUGGCUGGUGAUGCUGGCGGCCAUGUGGUGCAACGGGUCGGUGUUCGGCAUCCAGAACGCCUACGGGGUGCUCUUCGUGUCCAUGCAGGACACCUUCCGGGCCAAGGACAGCGACAACAUGGCCUUCAAGACAGCGUGGGUUGGCUCGCUGUCCAUGGGCAUGAUCUUCUUCUGCUGCCCCAUAGCCAGCGUCUUCACAGACAUGUUUGGCUGCCGGAAAACAGCUGUCGUGGGUGCUGCCGUGGGGUUCAUCGGACUCAUGUCCAGUUCUUUCGUAAGCUCCAUCGAGCCUCUGUACCUUACCUAUGGGAUCAUAUUUGCCUGCGGCUGCUCCUUUGCGUACCAGCCCUCACUGGUUAUUUUGGGACACUACUUCAAGAAGCGCCUCGGACUAGUUAACGGCAUCGUCACGGCAGGCAGCAGCGCCUUCACAAUCCUGCUCCCUUGGCUCUUAGGGAGUCUGACCAACAGGGUGGGCCUCUUUUUCACCCUGAGGGUCCUCUGCGUCUUCAUGUUCGUUCUCUUUCUGGCUGGCUUUACUUACCGACCUCUUGUUCCCACUGCCAAAGAGACAGAGAGCGGGAGCAGCAGAUUCUCCUUCUUCUCCAGGAGAAAGUUUAGUCCUCCAAAAAAAUUUUUCAAUCUUGCCAUCUUCAAGGUGACAGCUUAUGCAGUGUGGGCUGCAGGGAUACCGCUUGCACUUUUUGGAUACUUUGUGCCUUACGUCCACUUGAUGAACUACGUGAAGGAGAGGUUUCAGGAUGAAAGCAACAAGGAGGUCCUCUUCAUGUGCAUUGGCAUCACUUCUGGGGUCGGGCGCCUGCUCUUUGGCCGCAUCGCAGACUACGUGCCCGGAAUGAAGAAGGUUUACCUGCAGGUGCUGUCCUUUUUCUUCAUCGGUCUGAUGUCCAUGAUGAUCCCCCUGUGCAACGCCUUUGUGGGGCUCAUUGCUGUCUGCCUCAUCAUGGGUCUCUUUGAUGGAUGCUUCAUUUCUAUCAUGGCUCCCAUUGCCUUUGAACUGGUCGGCCCGCAGGAUGCCUCCCAAGCAAUUGGAUUUUUACUUGGAUUCAUGUCUAUUCCCAUGACUGUAGGUCCUCCAGUCGCAGGGUUACUUCAUGACAAGCUGGGCUCCUAUAAUGUGGCCUUCUACCUUGCUGGAAUCCCUCCCUUUCUUGGCGGCGCUGUGCUUUGUUUAAUCCCCUGGAUCCAUAGCAAGAAGCAAAGGGAGGCCAGUAAGAAUACUGGAGGGGAGAAGAUGCUGGAGAAACAGAACUCGCUACUCUCGAGCUCCUCUGGGAUCUACAAAAAACAAUCUGACUCUAUUAUUUAAUGCCGUGUGUACCUCUACCUGACUGGAUUUGCUUUUGAAGUUUCUCUUUUAUAUGAAUGGCAAAUUUCUUAUUUUUUUAAUCAUCCUUGGAACAGCACAAAUAGAAAAUGGAACCUUUAUUACUACCAGAACCAUUUUCUCUCCCCAAAUAGCUUUGAUAUUUCUAGGGAUGGGGAAGAGACUGUUACAGGCAAAUGUACCUGGAAGUCAAACUUGAGCAUUCAAAGCUAUCUCAGUAACAGGCAGCCGUGGAUGCCGUGGAUUCUGGAUGCCGUGGAUACUGGAUGCCGUGUGGCUGGCGCAGACACAUGUAGUGUACCUGAAGUACUUUGUUGGUUGCUCCAUUUGGUGUUUUUAGUUUCAGUGUUUUAGUUUUUCAUGCAUUUUGGAACUUUUUGCAAAAGUUAAGCCUGGAUCCUGAUAACAGCAGGCCGAUGUAAACCUCAAGUCUGUUAAGUGAUUUAAGCUAUAAAAUUGGGAGAUUCUGACAUGCACCUGUACCAAGGACCUGCUGGGAGCAGACGCGGGUAAACAGCCAGGAUGGAGAUGAAGGCCCUUCUCACAGGCAGCCAGCGGGCAUUUCCUCUACUAACCUUUCUCCCUUUGGUUUGUAGUGCGUUUUACUCCAAUAGCCAGAAACACCCCAAAUUUCUGAUUUUGUGUAAACAAUAAAGUAAAAUAGAAUGUAUAAAAGGUA